UUCAAAUGACUUCAAGUGAAAUUUCAGAUAAGAGUCCUAAUUUUACAGAGUCAUCUGCAGAAUAUGUACUAUCGUUCAUCCGCCAAUAUUACUUUCUGAACCAUAAUAUAAAGUCAUUUAGAUAACAAAACAAAUUCGCUCAUGUUGGUUAACCUGUUAGAACAAAACAAGUUUCGAGUAUGGCGUCCGAACUUAGUUUGACAGUUUAGUUGGAGUGUGGCUUUCAUUUACAGUGUCGUGUUUGACUUGUGCGUUUGGUGUGUAAUGUUGUAGUGUGACUUAAUUUGUGCCAUACUUCUCUGAUUUAGUUACAAAAGGUGUCAUAAGUUGUAAUUGUUAAAAAAUCAAUAAAAUGUGUUCAAGUGUCGCGAGUUGCAGUGCGAAAGAAGCUGGAUGCGCGGAGCCGUAAAGCAGUGAAUCUGUAAUGGAUACAUUGAUUUGUGAUGUCUGUGAUAACUUGUCAGGAGUGCAGUCAUGUCCUAGCUCACCGGGCUAGACACUCAACUUUAGGUUCAGAAGAGUGGUGUGGUCUCGGAAUUUUCGAGGGUAACGACGUAAUUGAAAAAGAAAAUGAAAGUGAACCCCAGCGUCAGAUUCCGCAUAAUGAUGGAUAAUCAUGUUGAUUUAACAUAAUUUUACGCUUCAUUAUGGAUGCAGUCUCAGAAUGUGACAGUUUUAGAGCUCAUAAUUGUGGCGGGAUGGAAGAAAUAGACAAACACAGUUCCGGACAGUAUUUAUCCCGGUUUUCAAAAAUCGUCAAUUUAACCGUUGUGAAGUUAGAAACUAUCGAAUUAGGGCCGCAGCCGUGUUCCUGAUUACAUGUAGAGAACUCGUUUUUUUGUUAAUGUGUGGUACCGUUUAUAUUUUCCGAAGUUGUUUAAAAUAUUGUGUAACGUGACAGUGGUUGUGAAUGUUUUUAUAUUGAGUGUCAGAAUUUCCAGUCACCUGUGAAUUCAACGGUUUAUCCACAAGAAUGGUAGAAGUUUGAUAGUGGAAAGGAUGGGGAGCCUGGCUGGGCCGCCAUGAGCGAGCUGCAGGCGACAGUGGAGUUCUCCGUGGAGCUCUACAAGUUCUACAACGUGGAUCUCUUCCAAAGAGGGUUUUACCAGAUCCGCACAGCUCUCCGCGUCUCGCCCAAGCUGCCCGUCAAGGUGGAGGUGAAUUUGCCUCGUAACCAACGAUCAGAGUUAGCAUUUCCAGCAUGUGUGGUGAAUGGAACAGGCGUGAGUAAGACAUUCCAGAUCCUGUACCGCAACGAGGAAGUGCUCCUGGACGACGUCAUCAUGUUUCGAGCACACAUUCUAGUCGAUAGUCAUAAGAUUGAGGAUACUCUCGAGCGAGCAGAUUUUGCACUAAUGAUAGAGCUGUGGUUUACGGAUCAAACGUUCGGUCCAGACCAGCACAGCACCAUCUCCUGUGUCUCAAGUCGAACGCUGCAGCUUCACUUCUCCCCCACCAGAGGUCUUCACUAUCACCUGCCCGUCCUAUUUGAUUACUUCCACUUGGCUGCCAUAACACUGACCAUCCAUGCUAGCCUUGUCGCCUUGCACCAGCCCUACAUCAAGAAAAGUAUUCUGCACUAUGUGCAGAGUUGUACCCCACGUAGUGCCAAGCCUUGGCUUGGAGCAUCACAAAGGCUCAAUUUUCGCCAUCCACAAUCCACAAUGGAGACUGUGUUCUUUGGAAACUUGAACAGCACAAAAUGUGUAAGUUCAGGUACUCGGCUGGCCCACGCCCGUCACGUUCAUCAGGAAGUGUGCAGUAUCUUGUUAGCAUCAUAUGAGACGCUGCAGGCCCGACUGCAGGAGUACAUGAAACUUCUACCUUCUUGGCAACAAUUGAAGCUUGAAACUACCGACUGCUUCCAGAGGUUUAGCAACCUGAGUGACUUGGCAAAAGAGUGUCAUCGUAACCUCCUGGCGACAGUUAAUCAUCGCUCUUCCAGCAACCAUACAGAGGCUAACUGGGACAGAUUAAGGUUGGUUGAAGUCGAAGAAGAAUUUGUGACUAUGGCAAAUAGUGACAUAGCACAGCUGUGUGCUGAAAACAUCUUACUCUGGCAGCAGUUCCUGGAGGCAUUUUCUUGCAAGGAUCCUGUUCACCAACAUCUGGCACGCCAUCACCACCAUCUCAGGGUGAAGAGGUUUGCUGAAGCAUUCUUCGUGUUAGACAACCCCCGUCAGUCUGCAGCAGGGUGUUAUGACGCCAACUAUCAGAACUACUUGGCCGUGUCUGAGAUGGUGCGCCGGUCUCGGUACCUCGCAACUCUACCUCCACUCCCUGUUCAGUGCAGUGAUCUGGACGGGGAUGUCACCACACUGCCCAUCAUCUUCGAAGACCAGUACCAGGAUAUGGCAGAAUUUGCCCGCAGACGAAGUGUUGCAGGCCGAAAGGCAGGCAGUGAUCCUUUUUUGAGUAGUUCUGCGGACAACAAAACAGGAAGUCGUACAACACUGCCUCCACAGGAAGACUGUAGCUGCGGCAUUGCUGCCAUCUUAGAGUCGCGCUCUCAUAAGAUCCCAGCAUCAGUGCGAUCCAGUUCUAGUGCCAUAGCUCCAUCGUCCUCGCAGCCUAUGCCAAAACCAGGCUCUGGACGACAGGCGAACAUACACAUGUCCAUGGGAAUGCUGGGUGUGAAUGAACAGCAUGUCCUACAUGCAGGGGAUGUACUGAAGGCAACACUGACGCUGGCACCUCAUGCUGGCCGUCGCCUGAACCGCCAUCAUUACCUUAAUGCCCCAGCAUCGGCCACAGCAACAUUACUGCUUCAUGGAAGUAAAGGGAUGGACAGUGAUAGUGUGACCAAGUCAUCACUUCCUGCACGGCACAGCAAAUCUCUGGACCAGUUACGUACUACUGGCGUUGCUGCUUCAGAACCUGAACCAAUCCCCAGACCCUUCAUCUCCACAUGCCACUCCCAGCCACAAUCUGUAACUCCGACAGCAUCAUCUUCAGCACCUAACCCCUCCCUUGGCAUCCCACAUAUGUCAAGCAUAACACGUUCCUCUUCCACACAGAUACGCCGUGAAAAGAGUGUCGAUUGUCUGAAACCUGGUGUCAGUAUGACCGCUACAGUGGUUUCAUCAGCCACUCUACCUUUACCUCACCCUCCACCUCUCAUACCUGCUCCAGUUCGCAACAAUCUCAAAGAGAAAUUGAAGAACAGUCUGCGAUUAGAGCUUAAAGUAGCCAAUGGUAACGGUGGUGCCUGUACAUCUCCGUCUACUGACUCAGGGGACUCUUUGGCAGUUGGAUACCGUCGACUGGAACAGAGUGCCAGCGUACCAUUCAACCUGAGCGAGGCCAUUAAUGGCAGAAUGUCUCCCAAUACAACAAUGAAACAUUCACAAAGUACCAUGUCCAUGCCAAGUGUGGCAGUGCUUCAGCGUGAGUGCCAUGCUGGCGAGUCUUCCGAAGCCCUUCUUGGUGGUUCGCGUUCUAUAGGUGCCAACAGUAGUGAGUCUAUGCCAAACCUUGUGGCACCACUUGCUUCCCCUCCUCCGCCCAUCAUCGUUCCGCCUCCUGUCACAAAGACCCAGGUAGAUGAGCCCCCAUUAGAUCUGGUAGUUACAGAAGGGGGCCCAGUCCCACCUCCUGGUGAGUUGAGCAAACUGGAAGUUGGUCUUUACAGUUCAGUUGAUCCAGCCAUGAUUUCUGUAGAGUCAAGCCUAGCAGAGCCCCUCACUGUGGCCACUACUGUAACAGUGAAAUCCAAGUCUCAGUCACCAGGCAGGUCACUUUCCUCUCCACCCUCAUCAUCCCUUUCAGACAUCACUUCAGAACAGAGUGGUUGGGUCUCCAACUCCAGCCGCCGCACCUCAGGUGACAUGUCUAGUGGUCAGCUAAGUCCAGAUGGCAGUGACUUUGGCAUCAGGCUGCGUGGAGACCGGCACCCAGCCAUGCCAGCUUCAAAACAACAGCAUCGAAUCUUGAAUGGUGAACAGCUCCGAGCAAGGCUGCAGAAACUGGUGGAACCUCCCCCUGUCAUGCCAGAACCUGAAGUGAUAGACCACCCCUAUGAAGAACUACGGUUACCCCCGCCAAAGCAAUUCCGUGAUGACCCUCUGCCUCCAGAACCCUUCAGGGAUCCACCUGUACCCCCACCAAGACCCACAGUUCCUCUAGUGGCACCCAAACCCAAGCCAAAAAUUUCUCCUCCCACCCCAAUAGACAAUCUGUUGUACCAUGUGUAUGAAAGUGUGAAGGAAGUGGAGAGGAAGCCGCUAAUUGAACCCAGUCCUCGAACUGCUCGUGAACUUGAUAGAAAUAGAGACUGGGACAAAGAAAAAGGCAGGCCUCUGAGAGCUAAAGACACUCAGUCUCAAACUGGUGGUUCCAACUUGGCAAAAUUGGACAACAGUGAGCAUGUCAAGAAAACACCAUCACCCAAGGUUAUAGAUGGUCAGCAGUGCAUCUGUCCCAGUGGUACCUCCCCUCCUGUAUCCACAGCAACAGCUGCUACACCAGCAGCCUCAGAGAGAGAGCUGUCAUGUGACUGCUGUAAUAACAAGGAUGGAGAGGAACACUUGCGACAGAAACUAGUUCAAGCUGUUGGAGAUGACACCCUCAGUUUUAUCAAAUCAAAGGAGGAGUUCAAACGCCAAAUGAACUUCACAGGAAUGAUAUACAGUGACUUCCCUACAUUGGCAUCAACACUGCCAUACUUCCACAUCAGCGAUGAGUACCGCAUUUUCUCACCAGAGGGUUUGCACCUCAUUGUAUGUGUUCAUGGCCUAGAUGGAAACUCUGCAGACUUGCGCCUGGUGAAAACAUACCUGGAAUUGGGACUUCCUGGUGCCAACUUGGAAUUUCUCAUGUCAGAGCGGAACCAGGUAGGCGAUACAUUCUCAGACUUCGAUACCAUGACAGACAGGCUGGUGGCAGAGAUCCUGUACCAUGUGGAGGCAUGUGGGCUCAACCCGUCCAAGAUCAGCUUCAUCGGUCACUCACUGGGCAACAUCAUCAUUCGUUCAGCCAUCACGAGGCCGCAGAUGAAACACCUGCUUCCACGCUUGCACACCUUCCUGUCUCUAUCUGGGCCUCACCUUGGCACUCUCUACAACAACAGCGGCCUUGUGAACAUGGGAAUGUGGUUCAUGCAGAAGUGGAAGAAGUCAGGGUCUCUUCUGCAGCUGGCACUGCGUGAUGCCACAGAUGUACGGCAGACGUUCCUGUAUCGUUUGAGCCAGCGUUCCAAUCUUCAUCACUUUCGAAAUCUGUUGCUAUGUGGAUCAUCUCAGGAUCGCUAUGUUCCUCUUCACUCAGCCCGAAUUGAGUUAUGCAAAGCUGCUGUUAAGGAUACUUCUGUACAAGGUUCAGCAUAUCGAGAAAUGGUUCACAACAUCCUGUAUCCUAUCAUAAGCAAGCCAGAAAUAACAUUUGUGCGUUACGAUGUGCACCAUGCACUCCCCAAUACAGCAAACUCACUCAUUGGGCGGGCAGCACAUAUUGCUGUCUUGGAUUCUGAACUCUUCAUUGAGAAGUUCCUUGUUGUCACUGGUCUCAAAUACUUCAGAUGAGGUCACCACUCUGUGUUAUCCAGCCCUGGAGUGACAUUGAUCAAUCAGGCUACCUGCUGUGAGCGCGAGUUGAUGACCGUAGGUAUAUGAUUGUGCAUGAAUUUUAUUUUUUGGAAGUGAGAGAUUUGUGAAUUUUCAUGAGAAAAGAUGAUAUUGAUACAUGACAGUUGAUACCCAUUUUUUGUUGCAUUUUAGUUUAUUGAAUGCAGUAGAAGACAUGUUUUCAUCUUGCCUUCUGCAGUGAUGUAGGUACCCAAGUUAUGAUAGAUUUAAUGAAAACAUAUAACAUACAGGGUGCCUGCAGAAGCCAACAUAUGCAACAUAAUUUAAAGUAACUUAGAAUUAUCAGAUUUACAUAGUAAUAAUGUUGCAUUCUGACCAUUCCCAACUUGAAACUCAGAUCUCAGGCUACUGCCUGUCAUGAAUGAUUUGCCUGUUAAUGAAGAAAGUUGUCUUCUGGGUUUAGGCACCGUGUAUUCUUCGUUUUGGCCGACGUUUCGGCAGUAGC